AAUAAAUAUGAUUGAUAGGGUGCAGCUGUGGUCACCUCCUCUCCUCCCCACCUGUCCGGGCAGCGACAUGUCCGAGGCGGAGCCCGGAUGGGCGGAUCGUCCCGCCAUGGCCCUGGGGGCGUCGCGGGUGGAAUUGCGGGUGUCCUGCCGCAGCCUCCUGGACCGCGACACGCUCAGCAAACCCCACCCCUGCGUGAUGCUCAAAACGUUCUCCGAGGACCAGUGGAUAGAGGCGGAGCGCACAGAGGUGCUGCGUAACUGCUCGAGCCCUGUGUUCUCCCGGGUGCUGGCCGUCGAGUAUUUCUUCGAGGAGAAGCAGCCUCUACAGUUCCACGUGUUCGACGUGGAGGCCGGCUCCGACAGCCCCAGCAGCCGCACUUUCCUGGGCUCCGCCGAGUGCACUUUGGGCCAGAUCGUGUCUCAGACGAAAGUGACGAAGCCACUGCUGCUCAAGAAUGGGAAGAACGCUGGCAAAUCCACCAUCACGAUCGUGGCAGAGGAAGUGUCUGGCACCAAUGACUACGUGCAGCUCACCUUCCGCGCCUACAAGCUGGACAACAAGGAUCUGUUCAGCAAAUCUGAUCCCUUCAUGGAAAUCUACAAGACCAACGGGGGUCAGAGCGAGCAGCUGGUCUGGAGGACUGAGGUGGUGAAGAACAACCUGAAUCCGUGCUGGGAGCCCUUCCGCCUCUCCCUGCAUUGCCUGUGCAGCUGCGAUGUCAACCGGCCCCUCAAGUUCCUUGUCUACGACUAUGACUCCAGCGGGAAGCACGACUUUAUCGGCGAGUUCUCCAGCACAUUCCAGGAGAUGCAAGCGGGGACGGCGGGGCCCGGGCAGGAGCUGCAGUGGGAUUGCAUCAACCCCAAGUACCGGGACAAGAAGAAGAACUACAAGAAUUCGGGGACGGUCGUGCUGACCCAGUGCAAGGUGGAGAAAAUUCAUACCUUUCUGGAUUACAUCAUGGGCGGGUGCCAGAUCAGCUUCACGGUGGCCAUCGACUUCACAGCAUCCAACGGAGACCCGAGAAGUAGCCAGUCCUUACACUGCCUCAGCCCAAAGCAGCCGAACCAUUACCUGCAAGCUCUGAGAGCCGUGGGGGGCGUGUGCCAGGACUACGACAGUGACAAGAGAUUCCCGGCGUUCGGCUUUGGGGCUCGGAUCCCGCCCAACUUUGAGGUGUCCCACGACUUCGCCAUCAACUUCGACCCGGACAACGCUGAGUGUGAAGAGAUCUCUGGGGUCAUCGCCUCGUACCGCCGCUGUCUGCCCCAGAUCCAGCUCUACGGGCCCACCAACGUGGCCCCCAUCAUCAACCGCGUGGCCGAGCCAGCCCAGAGGGAGCAGGGCAGCGGACAGGCCACGAAAUACUCGGUGCUGCUGGUCCUGACGGACGGCGUGGUGACAGACAUGGCCGAGACCCGGGCGGCCAUCGUGCGGGCCUCGCGCCUGCCCAUGUCCAUCAUCAUCGUGGGCGUGGGGAACGCCGACUUCUCCGACAUGCGCCUGCUGGACGGCGACGACGGACUCCUGCGCUGCCCCCGCGGCAUCCCCGCCGCCCGCGACAUCGUCCAGUUCGUGCCCUUCAGAGACUUCAAGGACGCACCCCCGUCCGCCCUGGCCAAGUGUGUCUUGGCCGAAGUGCCCAAGCAGGUAGUGGAGUACUAUGCCAGCCAGGGCAUCAGUCCAGGGACCCCGCCGACCAACACCCCCACGGCCAGCCCCAGCCCGUGACCCCCACGCUCCAGUGACACCCCACCCGCAGUGCCUGUCCAGCCCCCCGUGACCACAGUGACCGAUAUCUCUGCCUCUGAAACCAGCCCUGCCCCAGGGAGCCCCAGAGGGGGCCGCUGACCCUCGCCCAUGCCCCUCCGACGUCCAAGCCUCCCGAUUCCCACAGUUCCCAGUCGGUCAAUAAAGCGACCUGGACCCUGUU